AGGAGAGGGAUUGUCUGAGCCCAAGGCCUAAAUGGGCGGCUUCAGCAGAGAUGACAGGGGCGGCUUCCUGACCCUCCUGGUCUGGCUUCAGCUUCUUCAGCUUCUGUUCAAUCCUUUGGUAAUUCCGGUGUCUCCAGAUUCCACUGGGACGCCAGGAUCAGGGACUCCUUCACCGACCACAGCCGAAGGUGUCAUGGAAUCCAGCAGUAGCUCUCCAGGAAAACCGUUUGCUCCAGAAGCAUGUGGCCAUAGAAUUAUGGAGUUCAGUCAUGGAAGGCCAUCUGCCGUGAGGAAGUGGCCAUGGCAGGUGAGCCUGCAGAGCAGAAAUCAGCAUGUAUGUGGAGGCUCCCUCAUCAGCCACCAAUGGGUGCUGACUGCAGCCCACUGCAUAUAUGCCCAUGAGGAAUAUAAGGUGAUGCUGGGAGACAGUGUGUUGACUUCUAAAUCUGUACAUCGGAUUCUUGUCCCAAUCAAAGACAUCAUUUAUCCUUCCGAUUUUGACUCUCAAACCAUGAAGAGCGACAUUGCUCUUGCUCUGCUGGCCUUUGCUGUGAACUACUCCUCACGUGUCCAGCCCGUGUGCCUUCCUGAGAAGCCCUCCCAGGUGAAGAACGGGACAUGGUGCUGGGUGACCGGUUGGAACCGUGAAAACAAUACAGUCUUCACCUCAGCUCUCCUGCAGGAGGCCCGGCAAAACAUUCUUCUCCAGAAGCCUUGUAAUCAGCUGUUCCAGAGUCAGUUAAACACAUCUAAAGACCUGGUGAUGAAAGGGAUGAUCUGUGGGCAGCACGGCGCAGGACAGAGUCCCUGUUGGGAAGAUUCUGGGAGCCCCCUUGUCUGUGAAUCUGAGAACACGUGGACCCAGGUCGGAAUUGUGAGCUGGGGCACCAAGUGUGACAAAGUUACUGUCCCUUUGGUUUACACAGACAUCGCUAAAUAUGAUGCAUGGCUCAAACAUAUUCUAAGUCAGGCUUCCUGUACGGACGCCAUGGGAGUCUUGGUCCUGUACCUGUCCCUGGUGCUGCAACUGCACGCUGGAGCUGUCUCCGCAGCCCAUAGGUACAUCUUCAUGGCUGCGUCGUCGUUGUGUGGUCUGGGCGCUUGGCCUGGAUCCUUGAGGCACUGGGUCUUAACCUGUUUUGUGACACUACUGUUGCUGCCUCCGCCUUCAAACUUAGGUGAUAAAGAGGACCACGACCAACCAGUUUGUGGCAAGCCCUGGUGGCCAGACAACUUGAAGAAGAGCCGCCAUUGGCCCUGGGAAGUGAGCCUUCGCAUACAAAAUAAGCACGUGUGUGGAGGGGCCCUCAUUGAUAUCAACUGGGUGGUCUCUGCAGCUCACUGCAUCCAGGGUAACAAAGAAUAUUCAGUGAUGCUGAGUAGCAGCAAGCUGCAGCCCGAGGGCUCUUCCUGGGCUCUGAAGAUUCCUGUGGCUGACAUCAUUGUGCAUCCCAAGUACUGGGGCCGGAACUUCAUCAGAAGCGACAUUGCCCUUCUCCGUCUUGAAGCCUCUGUCACCUUCAACAAGUACGCGCAGCCCAUCUGUCUCCCCGAGCAAGGCUUCAACUUGAAGGUUGGGACUCAGUGCUGGGUGUCUGGCUGGGGCAAGACUAAGCAGCACUCCUCAGACAACUUGACAUGGACUCCAGAACUUCGGGAAGCCGAGGUCUUCAUUUUGGACAACAAGAAGUGUGACCAUAUUUUCCACAAGAUGUCCUUCUAUCCCCGAGUUAUCCCACUUAUCCGGAGGAACAUGCUCUGUGCCACCAAUUACGGAGAGAAUGUGUGUUUUGGGCACCCUGGGGGGUCAUUGGCUUGUGAAAUUGAUGGAAGAUGGAUUCUGGCCGGGGUGUUAUCGUGGGAGAAGGCCUGCAUCAAACCUCAGAAUCCAGGUGUAUACACUCGCCUCACCAAAUAUACCAGAUGGAUCAAGGAGCAAGUGAAUCACGCGGCACUGCUAGGGCCGUGCCAGGCCUCCUGCCUCCUGUCCCUGCUCUGGCUGCUGCAGCCCCUAGUGGACCUGUGACUGCUCCUCCCCCGCUCUUCCUGCUCUGCCUCUGCUGAAUGGCAUUAGGUAGCUGAUGGAGUGAGGCUGCAUGUCCACACUCCACAGGAGUCAGGGUGGGAAUGAAGUGGUCCCUGGAGAGCAUGGGUCCUGCAGGGAGGUCUUGAGUGGCCAGGAGAAGGGGAGUGUGGCUUGGAAGCAACAUUCUGGACUUUAAGACCAAGAGCAGAGAUUAAAUUUGUAUGA